UUGCUUGCGUGCUGGGACACAAUCUCCGCUGAUAGAAGCCCCGUGUCCGUACCAAAUCUCGUUUCGGGUGGUCAACAGAGUCGUUCCAUCGAUGGCGGAUCCACAACCGUCCACAUCACAACAAGCCAUGGCACCAAGAACGCAGUCAGAAGCUCAACAGCAGCAAAAGCAGGAAAGUCGUGCUCGUCGCAAACGCCGCCUGUCGAUGAAUCAAAAGAAAAACAAAAAGAAGAACUUCGACGUUGCGGAGGAGAUUGAAACGUGUAGUCCGUUGCUGGAACCAUUGGUCCAGGCGCUGCGGGAUUGCCCCGAAGGAGAGGAACUGAAUGUGCUCAUCGAAACCCUGCAACCCACGGCCAGCAACGUCGAGUUGGCGCUCCGUCUGGUGAAGGAUGACAUGAGGCGUGUGAUUAGCUUCCCCAACAAUCCGGCCCAGAUCUACGAGUUCGGUUCCAUCAAGUCCGGCCUCGCGCUGAGGGACAGUGAUCUGGACUUCUACAUACACUACUCACGCAAGAAUACCGAAAGAGACGAACAGAUAAAGCUGAUCCAUGUGGUCGGCGGCCGCAUGGAGAAGGAGGGCUCCUUCACCGACAUAGUGAAGAUUCUCGGUGCCAAAGUUCCGCUCCUGCGAGUCGUCCAUCGGUACACCAAUCUGUUCUGUGACAUUAAUUUUAGCAACGCUCGUGGCUGCUACAACAGUAAGUUCAUCAACGCGCUCAUGCUGUUUGACCAGCGUAUCCACCAGCUGGCGAUCGUGAUCAAGUUUUGGGCCCAGAAUGCCUUCGUGCUGGACUCGCGACGCCAGCUCAACUCCUACUGCCUGGUGAUGAUGCUGAUCUUUUAUCUACAAACGCGCAAACUCCCGCUCAUUCCGUCGGUCGAGGAAAUGCAACAGGGCAUCCCGCGCAUCGAAUACGGGCCGUGGAACCUGGGCUAUCCGUCGGUGAUCAACUACAAGUCGUGGAACGAGAACUCGGUACGCGAUCUGCUGUCCGGGUUCUUUCGCUACUACGCGGAGUUUGACUUCGCCCACAAUCUCAUCUCCCCGUUUGUGGGCCGCCUGUGUUCGCUCGAGGAGCUAACGAAAAAGAAUAUCCGCGAGCUGGCCCCGUACUAUCGGGCGUGCGAGCGCGAAGACUACCCGGAGCUAGUGAACGGCCCCUGGAUCACGAUACAGGAUCCGUUCGAGCUGAACCUGAACGUGGCGAAGGUGAUGUCGGUUGGGAAGGUGUUCGAGCAGCUGCGUGUUAGCUUGCGCCAUGCGGCCGAAGUGUGCUAUUAUCGACGAGACGACAGUUUGGCCAAGCUGCUGGAGGCCUUGUUCACCGACACGAAGCAGUACAUGAAGGCCAAGCCGGUCGGUAAAGAAUCGAAAGAAGAGCCAGCGAAAAAUGCUGCUAAUGGACUGGUGGAAGUGGCCAAGGAAGCCACUGGUGCUGCUGCCGAUGGUAAGGCAUCCACCGCCCCGGUCACAUACUCUGUCCGUUGCAAGCUGCCACCGAUCGAAGCCGAACUGUUCCUUGUGCAGCAGGUAUUGUUGGUGCGCGAUCCGGAGCAUAAAACAGUCGUCACGGAUGCGCGCAUCCGUCACAUGUGGGGCGAGUGUAUGCUCGACUUUAUUGUGGAUAUUCUGCGCAAGCUCUUCAUGGUUCAGAUGGAUCCCAUCGAGCAUCCAACAACUAGUGCGGCAGCGACGGAAGAAAAUGCGAAGGGCGAAGGGCCCGUUGUGCGCUCGUUCAUCAUAACCUGCGAGCGGCAGGUAUUCAUUGCGCGGAAGCGCAUCAACAUCGUUGAUGAGGCCACGCUCCAAGGGGAGAUCAACAUUUCCAAGUCGCGCUGGGAUCGGAACCAUGCGUUGCGCUUUUCGGCACCCAUCGAGCUGGCCCUGGUAGACGGGGUGGUGGAGGUUCGCGCGCCGAACGAUAAGCCAAAGAACGGCGGUCCUUUUCGGCUCUUUAUUGAUACCUGUUUCGUUGUGCACAUCCGCAAGUGUGUCCGCGGCUACUUUAUGGUGAUGCUGGAGAAGGCGAAAAAAAAGGCGGCCACAGACGCACACGCUUCGGCAUCGCAGUCGAACGACGAGGCAACGGGUGAGGUUAAGAAGCAACAGGAUGACGAUGCACAGUCCGCCAUGCAGACUUCGGACACGGCAGAAGCCUGCGAUGACAGCAAAGCAAAAAAGAAUGAUACGGAGCCCGAGAAGCCCGAGACUUCGGACAUGCCUGAAGCACCGGCUAAUAGAGCAGUAAUAGAGGAGAAACAAGAGGCUAGUCUGGCCGCCACGGUUGAAAUUCAGAGCGCUACCACGGCCGGUGGUACUUCUUCCAGUAGCUAGUAUCGCACGGGUUCAAGUAUUGUCUAUUCAGGAUUUUCCUCUUACUAGUUAGUUCCUCGCUGACGACAAUUGUAACGGGCCAUUGAGGCUUCAUCAUAACACUCUUCGGUGACCAUUUCUUUUCAAUCGUCCAGAACACACUCAUACCUAUUUUACUUUACAUAAGUAUAGUAGUUUAAGUUUCCGAACAAGUUCGGAGUUUUACCGCACAGUGUCAGGUAUUCAUGCAAAGCCGAAAGUUCGUGUCCGAAAUUGUAGAUUUUUUGUAGACCAUAGUUAUCGCUC